UAGUCAGCUGAUGCUUAUUAGCUUGUCGCUAAGGUAUCCAAAGUUUAUCAUUUAUUUUAAAGUGCAUCAUCAAUCUUGUAUUAUUUUUGUUUUGUGUUUAAGUCAAAAUGACUAGUUUGGACUCUUUAGAAGCUCAAUUAGAGUUGUUUAUUGAAAAUUUAAGACAAUUGGGAAUCAUUGUUACUGACUUUCAACCACAAGGACAAACUGUUUUAAAUAGCAAAAUUAAUCAGAUCAUCACUUCGCUACAAGAGAUUGACAAGAAUAAGGAUAAAAUACCUGAUAUUCAAAUACCAUUGGAAGUAUUUGAUUACAUAGACCAAGGAAGGAAUCCACAAUUGUUUACUAAAGACUGUAUGGAAAAAGCUUUGGCCAAUAACGAGCUAUUAAGGGGUAAAAUAGAUGCAACGAGGAGAUUCAAAACCAUGCUUCUUAUUGAACUAAGUAAGGUUUUUCCUAAUGAUAUGGCUCGUUAUAGAGCUAUUAGAGGUGAUGAAAGAGCCAGCUGAAAAGGAAAAGAUCUGUUUAAAGAUUUUCCGUAUUUAUGAAAAAAAAGAAACAUUUUCUAAUAUCGAGAUAUACCAUUGCUUACCUUUGACCAACCAAUUGUACAACUAAAUAAAUGGUAUAAAAAUACAUACCGCUUUUGUUCGCUCACAUAAAUGA